UAAAAGUCCCCACCGAAUCUUCCUCUGACGUGCACGAAAUGAUUCCCAUUUUAUACCUUUUUUAUAUUCUCUAAAACUUUCUCUCAAAAGCCAUUGGUGUCUUCUCUGCAAUCAAUCACAGAUCCAUUUUGUUUCUUACAUCAUCAAAAUGAAUGGCUUCUCUGAUCUCAAUCCUUCCGAGAGCAAACCAUCGCUUGCACAUCUUGCUCCACUAGAAGCCAUUCUGUUUGAUGUUGAUGGAACACUCUGUGACUCUGAUCCCAUCCACCUUAUCGCCUUCCAAGAACUGCUCCAACAGAUUGGUUUUAACAAUGGUGUCCCAAUCGACGAGAAGUUCUUCAUUGCCAACAUUGCUGGAAAACACAACUCUGAGAUUGCUCUCGUUCUCUUCCCUGAUGAUGUUGCUAAAGGGUUAAAGUUUUGCGAGGACAAGGAAGCUCUCUUCCGCAAACUCGUAGCAGAGAAGGUAAAGCCACUUGACGGACUUCUAAAACUAACCAAAUGGAUCGAAGACCGUGGACUGAAACGAGCCGCCGUGACAAACGCUCCAAAAGAGAACGCAGAGCUCAUCAUAUCGAAACUUGGUCUCACUGAUUUCUUCCAGGCAGUGAUUCUCGGCUCUGAGUGUGAGUUUCCCAAACCACACCCGGGGCCUUACUUGAAGGCUCUCGAAGUGCUUAACGUGUCGAAAGAGCAUGCGCUGGUGUUCGAGGACUCGGUCUCUGGGAUCAAAGCAGGAGUUGCGGCUGGAAUGCCUGUGGUUGGACUUACCACAGGGAAUCCAGCAAGCGUGCUGAUGCAAGCUAGACCUGCUUUUCUUAUAGAGAACUAUGCGGAUCCGAAACUGUUGGGUGUGUUGGAGGAGCUUGAUAACAAGAAGAGUUCUUAGAAGUCUUGUCUCACUUGUCUAGCCAUCGCACGCAUGAGCAGACCCUUUUUUUAUCUUUUGUUGAAUGGGGAUUUUUAUGACAGUGGAGGAGCUUCUCCAACUUCCAAAUUAUCAAAUUUAGCUGUCUUUUUCUAUUUUUUUUUUGACGUAUGUAACUCUUACAUGCUCAAUUCUAAGUUGGUAACUUACCUUUCAAUAAUGAUCCUAUUGUUUUGUAUGGUAAACUACAUGCAUUUUGUCAAUGGAAGAAUACUGUUUUUAUUUGGUUA